GCGCGCUCCGCCCCCGCCCCUGGCCGCCGCGCUCCUCAGCGGACACGCACUUCCUGCGAGGCCUCGGUGAACACCUUGGCCGAGCCCAGCCGAACCGAGCCAAGCCCUGCCCAGCCUUUCCAAAGCUUUCGCAAUGGUGGACGAGCUUGUGAUGCUGCUGCACGCGCUCCUGAUGCGGCACCGCGCACUGAGCAUCGAGAACAGUCAGCUCAUGGAACAGCUGCGGCUGCUGGGAUGCGAGAGAGCCAGCCUGCUGCGCCCGGUACGUCCGCCGAGCUGCCCGGGUGAACGAGAACCGAUUCUGCAACGACGCCAUGAAGGUGGCAUUCCUAAUCAGCCUCCUCACCGGGGAAGCCGAGGAGUGGGUGGUGCCCUACAUCGAGAUGGAUAGCCCCAUCCUGGGCGAUUACCGGGCCUUCCUCGAUGAGAUGAAACAGUGUUUUGGCUGGGAUGAUGAUGACGAAGACGACGAUGAAGAAGAUGAUUACUAGGCCUGGUGCCCUUCCGGCCUUGGGGAGGGGCAUGCACGCCACCACCUCCUUCCCCUGCUCCCAUCCCGCCCCUCCUGGAGCCGCUGGGUUCUCCUGUGCCCUCAGAGCCCUUGCCCUACCCUUGCCCUCCUAUUCUCUCCCUCAUACCCCCUUUAGUGCUUGUCUUUGUUCCAGGAAUAGUGCUCUACUUACCUGCUGCUAGGGCUGGAGCUUCCUAGCUCUGAAGUGCACAUUCAUCCACUCUGGCUACUCCCAGGACCCCUUCCCUGCCAAUCUGAACUGAGUCCUGGGCCCCAGCUAUUGGCCAGGCCCCUGUUAUAAACUGCAGACCACCCAUAGCCCUGCUGCUGUCACCAGCCCGAUUGCCAGGCCUCCAUCUUUCCAGAGACCUAAGCUGCUGCUUCACCAUCACCCACCACAUGGCAUCGACAGGCCAAUGCCUUUGGAAAUAAGGACCAACCUAGAAGGUGCUUGAGUUGGCUACACCCUUUCAGACAUUGAUUUGGACAGGUCACCAACCCGUGGAGGGGCCAAUCUUUCAGCCUGGCUAGUUCCCUGUGUACUCCCAGGAUCCUCCUCUGGCCCACCAGGUUUCUGCAGUGGUCUGGUGUGCCUGGCAGACAAAUAGUUGACAUUUCUCUUCUCCUCUGGCACUGGUUGUGCACAGCUCUCAUUUUUCUUUCAAAACUGCAACAGUCCCACAGAUGUGUGCAUUUGGACAAAUAAUACUCAAAACAAAACAAACAAACAAAAAUAGGCACUCAGCCCAGCUCCUUGAUACUACCUGGAAAAAGCAUUGGCAUUAUUUUCAAUAAAUAUCAAGCACUACAAAAAAUAAAGA